GCUGUUCUUUCACUCGGAGGUUCGUCCGUGACUCCAGAUCAGCCAUGAAGAGACAAGAAAAAAAAAAAAAAAGUGGAGGUGGAUUUGCACCAAUCAGACCCCUCCAGCAGUGCAGCAGAGUGCGUGCCCCGAACCCAGUCACUGACUGGCAGAUCCUCCGGCUAUCGCGGUUGUACCUUACCUUAGACAGUCGACCGGUAUUACCGUAUUUUAUUAUACUAGGUACCUACAUAUAUUUAGUAGGUAUAUACUAGGUACCUAGGCAGGUACCUAGGCAGGUACCUAGUAUAUACUAGGUAGGUAUACUAAUAUACUACAUACUACGGAGUAGGUACGGAUUGU